AUGAGCCAAGACCAAAAUACACCUUAUACCUCAGAGGAUGGUAUUGAAAACAGGCAGAAACCAUUUAUCCAAAGCAGAAGUAAUUAUCAUGCAUUGACUACAAAGAGUCAAGCUUCAAAUGGCCAUGAACAGAUCCUUGUAAGGAUGGACACGUUAAGCUCUGGACUUACUCCUGAUUUAAGAUCUGAGGAGAAAACAACUGAACAAAACCCAAGCAUUGCUGAUGAAAGACCAAUGAAUGCACCUGAAAAUUUAGGAACAGUAGCUAAUCAAAAACAUGAAACACAGGACUUAAGUAUGCCCAGAGACCCUGAUCAAGAACAUAACGCAGACAUAAAGAACAUUUUUAGUCUUGCACUUGAGACUGAUGUAAUAGCAAAACCAAAAAUGCAAUGUGCUGAUAGUGGAACUGUUGAAAGCUUACCUGGAGCAUUAGCAAAUGGAGUAAGCUGUGAACUGGACACUGAGGAGAACACUGGUGAAAGAUCAGAACAUGUCAAACUCAUGGAAAUGACUGAGAAAAAUGACUGCCAUAUUCUUUCAGAGGAAAGCAGCAUACAUAGAAAUGACACACAGAUGAAAUGUUACGAGGAGGAGCAGAAAAGGUUGUUAAUUGAAGAGAUGACGCUUGAUGAUGCAACCAUAGCAAAAGAGCAAGUCCAAGUGAAGGACAGUCGAGAUGGAUUUAGUUCAACGUUUGAAAGAAUUGUGGAAUCUGAUCUGAUGAAAGGCACAUCAUACAGUAGCCUGGAUUCUCUGGAUGUACUGUCACUGACUGAUGAAACAGACAGUUGUGUUAGUUUUGAAGCCCCACUCACACCACUGAUUCAGCAGCGAAUUAAGGAAACCCCCGAGCUGCUACACCAAAAGCUGAUUGAGGUUGCUGAGCAACGCGAAAUCCAGGAAGCUGGAGUUAGUGAUGACCAGGAAGAGGAAUCUAAAUCGAAUGAGGGAAAUAUUGAAAGCCCACUGAGACACUCACUCACCAGUAGCAGAUCUGAGAAUGUGCUGAGCAGAUCUUCCUUAAAGUCAGUGCCAAAUGGUUUACAGAAUGAGAGAGAUGACACUGAAGAUGACAUGGGCAGGAUUGUUAACUCAGUCAGCGAUGCCAACUUUAAGGACGUCUUAUCUGAUUCUGAUUCAGAAAUGGGUAGCACAGAGCAACUAGAACAUGGGAGCACUGACACUUUGGCCAAUGGCUGCAAAACUAAUGCAGAUCCUGCAAAAAGACUUGCCAAACGAUUAUAUAAUCUUGAAGGGUUUAAGAGAUGUGAUGUAGCACGCCACCUUGGAAAGAACAAUGAUUUCAGCAGGCUGGUGGCUGAAGAAUAUCUUAGUUUCUUUGACUUCACAGACAUGACUUUGGAUAAAGCACUUAGGAGUUUUUUGAAAGCUUUUCCAUUGAUGGGUGAAACUCAGGAGCGGGAGAGAGUCCUUAUCCCUUUCUCUAAGAGAUACUGCCAAUGUAAUCCUGAUUAUAUCAACUCUGAAGAUGGGGUCCACACACUAACCUGUGCACUAAUGCUUUUGAACACAGACCUGCAUGGUCAUAAUAUUGGGAAAAAGAUGUCAUGUCAGCAGUUUAUUUCUAAUCUGGAUGGCCUUAAUGAUGGGAAGGAUUUUCCAAAAGAUUUAUUGAAGGGAUUGUAUAACUCAAUAAAAAAUGAAAAGCUGGAGUGGGCUGUGGAUGAAGAUGAAUUGAGAAAAUCACUGUCAGAGCUUGUGGAUGAUAAAUUUGAUAGCUGUGCAAAGAAAGUGACAAGAAUAAUUGAUAGCAGUAAUCCAUUCCUUGAUAUCCCUCAGGCUUUGAAUGCAGCAACCUACAAACAUGGAGUACUCAAUCGUAAAACACAUGCAGACAUGGAUGGCAAGAGAACACCCAGGGGAAGAAGAGGAUGGAAAAAAUUUUACGCAGUCCUGAAAGGAACUAUUCUGUACUUGCAAAAGGAUGAAUAUAAGCUAGACAGGGAUUUAUCUGAAGUGGAUCUGAAAAAUGCUAUUCGAAUACACCAUGCAUUAGCAACAAGGGCUACUGAGUACAGCAAACGGCCUAAUGUUCUGAAAUUGAAGACAGCAGACUGGAGAGUCUUCCUUUUCCAAGCACCAAGUGAAGAGGAAAUGCGCUCAUGGAUACUGAGAAUAAAUCUGGUAACUGCCAUUUUCUCUGCACCCUCGUUUCCAGCUGCUAUCGGAUCACUGAAAAAAUUUAGCCGACCUCUUCUCCCUUCAUCUACAACUAAACUUACCCAGGAAGAGCAGCUGAAAUCACACGAGACCAAAUGGAGACAGAUUUCAACUGAAUUAGCAGAACACAGUACACAGCCUCCAGCGAAGAAUGUCAAAUCUAAAGAAGCAGAGGAAUACCGACUUAAAGAACAUUAUUUAAUAUUUGAGAAAAAUCGAUAUGAAGCAUAUAUUAAUCUACUGAAGGCAAAACUAAAGGUAGGAACUGAUGAUCUGGAAAAAAUUGAGGCAAUUAUUUUUAACACAGAAAAUGAUGAAAGUUCCUUGAGGAAGACUCAGUCUAGUCCUUCUCUAAACCAAGGACACUUUUCUCUCAAUGGCAAAAUGGAAAAGGACAUUACAGAACAGAAAAGUUGUCCCAAGUAA